GUCGCUGACAGCCGAUAGGUGGCGCUGAACCGCAGCUCCUCUGGUGUGUUGCAGGAAGUGGUGCAGGUAGACUAUCUGGCUACAAUGGCGCCUCUGGAUUUGGAUAAAUAUGCGGAGAUUGCAAAACAGUGUAAAUACCUUCCAGAAAAUGACCUCAAGAGGUUAUGUGACUAUGUCUGUGAUCUUCUGCUGGAGGAGUCCAAUGUUCAGCCUGUUUCUACUCCUGUAACAGUGUGUGGAGACAUACAUGGACAGUUUUAUGAUCUUUGUGAACUCUUCCGAACUGGUGGGCAGGUUCCAGACACAAAUUACAUCUUCAUGGGCGACUUUGUUGACCGAGGAUAUUACAGCUUGGAGACCUUCACCUACCUGCUGGUUCUAAAAGCCAAAUGGCCCGACCGCAUCACACUUCUCCGUGGAAACCAUGAGAGCAGGCAGAUCACCCAAGUUUAUGGCUUUUAUGAUGAGUGCCAGACCAAAUAUGGGAAUGCAAAUGCCUGGCGGUAUUGCACAAAAGUGUUCGAUAUGUUAACAGUUGCUGCUCUGAUGGAUGAGCAGAUCUUGUGUGUCCACGGAGGCCUCUCUCCAGACAUAAAGACCCUAGACCAAAUCCGAACCAUUGAGCGCAACCAAGAGAUCCCCCACAAAGGAGCGUUUUGUGACCUGGUGUGGUCAGACCCUGAAGACGUGGAUACCUGGGCCAUAAGCCCCAGAGGAGCUGGCUGGCUCUUUGGUGCAAAAGUCACCAAUGAGUUUGUUCACAUAAACAACCUGAAGUUGAUCUGCAGGGCGCAUCAACUCGUCCACGAAGGCUACAAGUUCAUGUUUGACGAGAAGCUGGUCACCGUGUGGUCGGCCCCCAACUACUGCUACCGCUGUGGCAACAUUGCCUCCAUCAUGGUGUUUAAAGAUGCUAAUACGAGAGAACCAAAGCUCUUCAGAGCAGUGCCUGACUCUGAAAGAGUCAUUCCACCCCGAACAACAACACCUUAUUUCCUGUAAGUACAUUCAAGCUGAAGUAGCACAGCCAUUUGUUCAGUGCACGGAUAAUGACUGGGACAGUGGCAUCAGCACUUGUGAACCCAUAUAUAUUUUGUAUAAUACAUUUAGAGUAUAUACAGUGCUUUUUUGGGUGCCAACUGUCAAUUGCUGUUCCUGCUCUGUGCAUUUAAUGCCAUUAUUCUGAAGCUGAAAUCAUUAUAGCAAAGUAAGUUUGCUGAGCAUUGUCACCUUACUGUUGUAUUUGAGGAAGGACGAAAAUUGACUGACCCUUGUAAAAUGUUCGUAUUUAUAAACUUCCAUUUCACUUUAUAGUGAAAAGUCACUGCUGAGCAAAUUGCACAUGCAGUGUUCUAGAGAAUGUUCCAUUUUAAUUUGUUACGGUAAUGUAUUAAACUGUUUGUAAGUUAAGAAAAGCACUUGCACGAAUGCAAAAAUUACACCUAUUCUGACAAGUUUCAAUGAAGUUACACACUUGGUGUUAUUAUAUGAUCUUAUGAAUAAACAUGUAAACCUGAGGGUUGAUAUGUAAAAAUGUAUUAGUAGUAUUGUUAAGACUGUGGUACCGUAAACAUUUUCUGUAACUUCCAGGUUUGGAAUCAGCUCCUGUAAUUAUUAUUUUUCUGUGUGUCGCCACUCUGUUUUUAAAUAAAGAAAUCUAAAAACCUG